AUGUAUCCAAAUCCGGCCUUUGGAAGUCCACGCAACCCGGGAUCAACAGGGUCAUCCCGUGGAAUGAGCAUGAACAGAUAUCCGUUCGUCAACCGUAACCCGGCUGUCCGCACCACUACCGCUGCACCAAAAUUGUUGACUCCAAAGAAACAAUGUGCAAACGCAUGUAUGCCACAGUGUACUCCAAGAUGUCUUCAGAGAUAUAACCAAAUCGUUGCUUCCUUUAUGAAUUCCCUAACUGCAAUUGACGUCAUGGGGCAACCUGUCAAUGAAGAGCCAAGAAAGAGUAUCAGAUUCUCUCCAAAGAAGGGAAUUGAAUGCAGAGAUGAAUGUAUGCCAUACUGUACACCCCAAUGUUUAGAUGCAUAUUCCAUUGCUGAACACAAUGCUAAACCGAAAGUUUGUAAAGCGGUGUGCAUGCCAGACUGUACCGAAGAAUGCAUAACAGCUCCACCCCUCAUGGUUCCGUGUAUUUUCGAUAAUGUUUGUCACUGCCCUGCUGGAUACGUGAGAUGCAGUGAAAUGACAUGUUGUAUGAAGUACAAAACCAUGGCUGUCCGAUAUAAGAAUAAAAUGACAUCAAUGAGCUUUAGUGACGACGACGAAAAAUAUUCAAAGGACUCUGGUAAUGAAACUUCGGUUUAUAUGUCAGAAUUGAGGAAUAUGGGAGGAGGUUCACCUGCUAUAAAAUCAACCACCAUUUCAAUGCAUACGCUUCCUAUUAAUAGUUCAAUAGUGUAUUACCCAGAACAAGGAAAAGCUGAAAUUCUGAAAAACGAUGGAAGUGUGGUGGUAGAAGUUAUGGAGUCCGCCCAGGAAACCAAUUUCGAAGAUAAUUGAUUAUUGUGAUCUGGAUAACAAGGAAAGGAAGACAAUACAUCCAAUAUAAUAAAACGAGAAAAUAUUAUUUCAAAAAUUGUAUGGUUCGACUUAGUUAUCACAAAAUUAUGAAGCGAACUUUGACAUCCUGAUAUUUUGCUCUUUAAUUUUCUCAGUUCAUAUUUUCAUUAGAUCCUAGGCCCGUAGAUUUGCUAAAGUAUAGAUUGGAAGCUUUUUGAAAAAUGCCUAAAAGUAUUCCAAUUUUGAUUUUUGUUCCAAAUUUGUUUGCAAACGUUUCGAAACCGUUUAAAAAUCGUUUUAUCUAAAAAUUUUCAAUGUGAAUCUAGUGUAAAUAUGUUCGAAAGUUUCAAACACCGUUACUCUGUUACUAAAAUAUUGUUCUUUAACUUUCCAGUUUAUAUUGUUCAUAUCAAAGUUCAUAGGUUUGGAAAAAUGUUCAAAAAAAAAUACAAACUGAAAACCUUUUAGAUAUAUGAAAUAAUUUUUAACCAGGUUUCAGAAGUGUUUGCAAGCUUUCUGACACUAUUUUGAAAUUGAUUUUAUCUGAAAAUUCUGAACCAAAAUUCUAGAAGGUCUUGUAAAUUAUUGUGAUGAUUUUUGCAAAAUUUGAGAUACCGGAAAAAUUCCCUCGUUUCAAACCCUGUAGGUAAACUGGCUUCCUUUCCUUGUAAGUAUGUACAAUGUACAAAAUUAAGUGUUUAUUCAUAAUGUGCUAAUCUUUGCAAGAAAAUAAUAAAA